GCCCGGUGCCAAGAUGGCAGCGCGGCGGCGCCGUGCGCAUGUGCGGGGCCCAUGGCGAGACAAGGGGCCGAGCGCGCGCAGGGCCCGAGGCCGAGAGGGCUCUGAAGGCCGAGAGGCUCCUCCGCUCCUGCCCCACCUGAUGCCCGAGGGAGCGGAGCCAUGAAGGGGCAGCAAAAAGCAGCCGAGACGGAGGAGGGGACGGUGCAGAUCCAGGAAGGGUCGGUGGCUACCGGGGAGGACCCCACGAGCGUGGCCAUCGCCAGCAUCCAAUCGGCCGCCACCUUCCCCGACCCCGGCGUCAAGUAUGUGUUCAGGACCGAGGGCGGGGGCACGCAGGUGAUGUACCGGGUGAUCCAGGUGGCUGAUGGGCAGCUGGACGCGCAGACCGAGGGCACCAGCGCCAUCAGCGGGUACCCGGCGGCUCAGUCCAUGACACAGGCCGUGAUCCAGGGCGCCUUCACGAGCGAGGAGGGGGUGGAGACGGAGGCCACGCCCACCGAGACCCACUACACCUACUUCCCUGCGGGCGUGGCCGACGGGGGCUCGGGGGGCACCGCGGCCACCGCGGCCACCGCCGUGGUCACCACCCAGAGCUCCGAGGGGCUGCUGGGGCAGCCCACGCCCACAGGACAGUUUUUUGUGAUGAUGUCACCACAGGAAGUGCUCCCGGGGGGAGCCCAACGUUCCAUCGCCCCCCGUGCCCACCCCUACUCCCCGAAAUCGGAGGCUCCAAGAGCCACCCGGGAUGAGAAACGUCGAGCACAGCACAAUGAAGUGGAGCGCCGGCGCCGGGACAAGAUCAACAACUGGAUCGUCCAACUCUCCAAGAUCAUUCCCGACUGUUCCAUGGAAAACACCAAAUCCGGGCAGAGCAAGGGCGGGAUCCUGUCCAAGGCCUGCGACUACAUCCAGGAGCUGCGGCAGAGCAACCUCCGGCUCUCCGAGGAGCUGCAGGGCCUGGACCAGCUCCAGCUCGACAACGAGGUGCUGCGGCAGCAGGUGGAGGACCUGAAGAACAAGAACCUGCUGCUACGGGCGCAGCUGCGCCAGCACGGGCUGGAGAUCGUCAUCAAGAAUGACUCCCACUGACGAGGGGGAGACCCCAGACCCCCCCUCACACCCCUAAACCCCUCCCUGGGCCCCCA